UGCUUGUGCACGUCGGUUGUUGCGGGUGUUUUUUAAUUGUUCAAUGGCUAUUUAACUCAUUCCAAUCACCACUCGAACAAUGAGCUCAACUAAAUUAAGUAGAUCAUGAACACCGAAGACGUAGUAGUUACUCAUUAGGCACCGAAAUAAAGCCCUCGGUUGUUCUUUAAAUACUCGGGGGGGAUGACAACGAGGGGUUGGAGAAUCGUAGCUGUUGAAAAACCGCUGAGGAUGAAAGGAAGAUACAAAGCAGCGGCAAUUGGAAUUCAUACGUUGUGAAAUGAGGAUAAGCAAUGAUAAAUAAAGUUUAUGGAAAGAGGGUUUUAUCGAACUAUUGGAGCAUUCUGGAACAUGGUUCAGCAGAGGCUGUCUGCAUUUGACGGGGGACGUGGCGGUCGGAGAUUCGUGUUGACGCUGGCAAGUGGAAUGGUUUUUGGGUUCUUAUCGGCAUGUCUGCUGAUUACAGCCACGAGGGACUCCAGUAGGAUGCUGGGGUGGCUCCCAGGGGGGUCCGGGGGGUAUCGGGACCCCCAUCACUACUCAGAGCUGGAUUCAGAGCUUGGUCCAGAUACAGAAGUGAAAUUUCACGGAGCUGAUGAGGAGUUCCACAAGGGCGAGGACAAAGUAGCCCAGGAAAUGGCUAAAAAAGUUCGUGUCCUCUGCUGGAUCAUGACAGGCCCCAAGAAUCACCAGAGCAAGGCGAGGCACGUCAAAGCCACCUGGGGCAAACGCUGCAAUGUUCUCUUAUUCAUGAGCUCGGCUGAAGACCCCAGUUUACCCAGCGUUGUGCUGCCGGUGAAGGAAGGCAGAGAUAAUUUAUGGGCCAAGACCAAAGAGGCAUUCAAAUAUGCUUAUGACAAGUAUAAGGAUGAGGUCGAUUGGUUUAUGAAAGCUGAUGACGACACAUACGUUAUUGUUGAAAACCUGCGUUACAUGCUAUCAUCCUACAACCCCUCAUCCCCUCUGUACUUCGGCUGUCGUUUCAAGCCCUUCGUGAAGCAGGGCUACAUGAGCGGUGGCGCUGGUUACGUACUUAGCAAAGAGGGUCUCCGUAAAUUCAUCGAGGAGGGACUCCCAGACACGAAAAAAUGUCGUUACGACAAUGCUGGUGCUGAGGACGUGGAGAUGGGCAAAUGCCUGGAGAACGUCGGCGUCAAAGCGAUGGACUCGAGAGACCCCUUUGGAAGAGGAAGAUUCUUCCCAUUCGUACCUGAGCAUCAUCUCAUACCCAAUCACGUAGACAAGGACUUCUGGUACUGGAAGUACAUCUAUUACGAGACCAAAGACGGUCUCAAUUGUUGCUCAGACAGUGCCGUAUCAUUCCACUAUGUAUCGCCAAAUAUGAUGUACGUACUUGAGUAUUUAAUUUAUCACUUGAGACCCUACGGGGUCACUCACAACAUCGAGGAGUUACCACUGAGGCCAUCAGCUAUCACUGAAUACUAGUCCAAAGAAAAUUAUAGGAAUCAAUUGUUGUUGUUUUUUCUCUAAAUGGCCAUGUCAACUGUACAGUAAAAAAUUCGAAUGCUAGUCAUCAGACGCCAACGACUCACAUUUUUCCUUCUUCUAAAAGAGAUGAGAGAAUUAUUCAUCAACUAUUCAAUAUUUGAUAAUGAAAUAAUUCCUCUCGUCCCAUUCAACGUAAUUGUGCAACAAUGCAAGAUUAAUCGAAUGCAUAAUCCAGCAUGAAAAGCACAAGUUUUUUAAGUAAAUUAAGUGAAUAAAGGGAUACGUACAGUGGAUGUUUUUUAAUGCAGAAUGAGGAUAUAUAGAUAUAUAUACACAUAAAACUGUAUUUCAUAAUGUUAAUGGUAAUAAUAUAAUAUAAUAAUCCCAAUAAUGUCGUUACUACCCAAGUAAUAAAUACUAUAAAUACAUAAGUGAGUCUGAGGAUUCUGUGUGAGUAAAUAAAACCAAUGAAUCUUCACAAUUU